CGUUUGCGUGCCGGGUGCGUGCCCGAAGCGCAACCUCCGCAGAAGUUCACGAAGUGAAGAAAAGCGGCGGUCUGCGGAGCUGAAGUCGGUGUUCACGAAAUCGCGCUAAGUCAGCACAGCGUGCAGGGUGACCCGCUCAGCAGUCCUGCUUGGGGACGAUGGCCACGCCUUUCGUUCCGGUUCCGGUCCCCGUGGAGCGAGUCCAGCGAGGCAGGAGCCCCUCGCGAGUCUGGAGGACAUCCUCAUCUGGAAGCACAUCCACCAGCUCAAACUCCCCAUCCAGAGUGCAGGGGGAUGAGGCGGGACCCUCCCCACAGGCCCAGCCGAACGGGAUGGGCUCAUCCAUACAGGGCUCUGCACCUCUUGAGGUGAAAGAGGGCCCUCAGGGGCCUGGCUGGGAGGAGCGGCCCCUCACCCCAACCCUGCUAGGCUAUGAGGUCAUGGAGGAACGCGCAAAAUUCACCGUCUACAAGAUCCUAGUACGGAAGACUCCGGAAGAGAGCUGGGUGGUGUUCCGGAGGUACACUGACUUUGCAAGGCUUAACGGGAAGCUGAAGGAGAUGUUCCCCGGAUUUCGCCUGGCCCUGCCGCCUAAGCGCUGGUUUAAGGAUAACUACAACACGAGCUUCCUGGAGGAGCGGCAGCUGGGGCUGCAGGCUUUUCUGCAGAACCUGGUGGCUCACAAAGAUAUCGCCAACAGCAUGGCUGUGCGGGAGUUCCUGUGCCUGGAUGACCCACCAGGUCCCUUUGACAGCUUAGAAGAGAGUCGGGCAUUCUGUGAAACCCUGGAGGAGACCAACUAUCGCCUGCAGAAGGAACUGAUGGAGAAGCAGAAGGAGCUUGAGGCCCUCAAGAAGGUCCUGCUUGAAAAGCAGGUACACAUAGAUGCUUUGGAGAAGCGGAUGAGCACAGCCUCCCUGAGCCCCGGCAGCCUGGACAGCCCCUGCCGACUCUCAGGCGUGGGCAGCGAGAGCAGCGCUGAGGUGGACGUGGAGUGUUCAGCAGUCGAGGCCGACCAGGACAUGGAGGAACAAGAGAACAGCUGUGAGGUCCAGUUGCCUAGGAAGGAGCAUUCAGCCUGCUGGUGCGGACCACCCCCGGGAAGUUCCCCCCCAGUCCUGCAGGUGGAGUCGAUGCUGGAGGUGCAGCUGGAACACUGACGGCCCCGCCCGCCUGUGGCCUGCCCUCCUCUCCCACCCUUGCGCCAUGGUCUCUCCUGCUAUCUCUCCCAUUCUGUGGAAGCGAUCCUCUGAUUUCCUCCGAGGUUCUAGUUCUGGGGAACCUCCCAUUGCAUGGAUGAAGAGGUCGACUGCUCGGCCCCGGCAUGGCGCCCCCGUACCUGCUGUUCUCCUCAGCAGGCUGCUCUCUCUGCUCGACAGUCCCAGGGAACGGUCCCCCGUCUGUUCGGAUUUCAUCACUCGCUCUUCUGGAAGAAGCCGGACGUUCCCUCACAGUUGUGUUCUCCAGCGGAGAUGUUUAAGGAUCCAAACCUUCUCUGUGACCCGAACUGGAAGGCAGAAGAACCGCUCUGCUUGUCUGAAAAGCCGCAGUGGGAGAGACAUUACCUUCAUUAAACUGGGCUGUUUCCCCCAUGUGGGGCAGCGGAAGCUGGGCCUGGCGUUGAAGCCGUAUCACUUUCUCGUUCUGGGGACUGUCUUCCUCGGAGCUGCUCUCAUGCUGCUGUUACAGGGACACAGGGCUCCAUUUUCUCGCCGGCACUACACAGAACCUCGGUGUGCGUUACUCUCCGUGGAUGUUUUACGUUAAAUAUGGCUGCUCUCACUUUAUAAACAGUCCGCUAAAAAAAAGGCUGACGGGAGGCCUAGUGCAUGCAUUUCCCAGUGGUACCACUAGGCGGUGCCUUGGUACAGUGGCACACUGCCACUGACCAGCUUAGGAAGGAACUGCUACCAAUCAUCUUUCCGUCUCGAGUUUAAAUCACAGCCAAGCCAGUGCACAGCACUUUGUGUCAUCAGUUGAGUAGUAGGUUUACUCUGGAAUAUCAUUUUUUUUAAAGGAUUUAUUUUGUGGGAUGUUUACUUUUUUGGACAUUGAAUGUUUUCCUACUUAUCGAGGUGACACAUCAGUGAAGGUGACCCCUUAAACACACUACGGGGCUCUCUGAGUCCCCUUCUUAGCGUACAACCUCCGGCGACCCUCCUUUGCAUCGCGUGACUUUGCUUGUGGUGCCCUUGAGUUCCAUAUCCUGGAGGUUUCACAAUCUGCUUUGGGUUUUACAAUCCACAAUCGUUACUCAUAACUGAAAGUUUCUUUUCCAUUUUAAAACACUCCGAGCUGUGGCUCAUUCUUGGGUGAAACGCCUUCCUGGGUGUAGGACUUCCCUCACAGUACAUGCCCAUCAGCUGCUGCCUGUGAACUCGCUGAGCUCUCUGUUGCUCCCGCUCAGGUCAGACGGCUGCGUCCAGGCUCUCCGGUAGCCUUUGUGGCAUACAUUCGCUCUGUGUCCCGCUUCUCACAAUCUCGACCUGCAAAAUGAGGUGGCUCUUUAAUGAAGUGCCUUAACUGUCUCGUCCGUUUAUGUAUCGCCACCUCUGUGCCUGAUUUAUUUUUCCUGGUUUGGCCGUGACCUUUUUCCGGUGAUCCUUUGGCCCCCCUCCCUGCUUCUUGCCCUGUUUUUUUUUUUGAGUUGGCUUUCUGAUAGUAGCUAAGCUGUAGUUUGUCC